GUAUGCGAGCGCGCUCUGACAGUUUCGCUGUUGACUCUAACGACGACGGUUCGUUAAAGAAUAAUAUAAUUUAAAGUGCGGGUGUAGAAUAUAUAUAAUAUAGUAAUAUAUAUAAAUAAAUAUAUUUCUAGUGAGGAAUAUACAUUUUUUAUAUAUAUAUAUUUUUUUUUAUCGUAUUAAUAUAAUAAAUCAUAAAUAAAGUGAAGUGCAUUUCCGAAAGUAGUGUAAAGGGAAAUGAAAAAACACGAAAGAUAAAAAAAAAGGAAAGAGAGCUAAAAAAAAAAAUAAAAUCAAAGUCAGGAGAAAGGGAAAGAGAAAGACGCAAGAUUAUAAAGAGUGAGGUUUGAGAAAACAAUUUGGAAGUGCUGUACGUGAGAGACGAAAAGAGAAAAAGAAAGAAAUUAAAAGAGAAAGAGAGAGAGAAAGAGAGAGAGAGAGAGCUUGUGACCAACUUCCGGUAAUUCAGAAAAGAUCCUUGCACGAGAGUGCGAUUUUUAUCUUUCGCUCGCCUUCGUUAACCCACGCAGAAGCUAUUCUUUUCUUAUUUAGAGAAAAUGGAUUCGCCCGUCAUCGUGGAUUCAGCAUCCAAAUUCGGACGAGGGAUCGAUCUGGACCACUCGUUCCCUGGCUUUCCAUUCGACGACGACGACGAUUUUGGUCGACGUACUGACAUACGAGCACAUUUGGACGACCUAGCUGCUCGACAUCCAGAGUUUGCAGAUCAUCUUUUAGGACCUCCUUGGGGUGAUAUACCAUUCCGAGGAUCUACGCAUAAUAAUCAACGUCGAGGUUCAGGAAACGGAGGUAGCAGUAGUAGUUAUCCAAAUUAUCCAGACGAGGACGCCAGGAGUCAAGCUAGUGGUAGUAGUGCUACUAGCGCCGCGAGUGGUGCAAGUGGCGUUAGUUCGCACGGUGAACCAGAAUCUUCAUUCUCAUCUGGUCGUUCACAAUAUAAAGAAUCGCACAGGGAAGAUAGAAGAAAUCCUAUUCCACAAUACGGUUUACGUAAUACCGUUGACAUUGGUCAACAUCAUCGCGACAAUAUGGAGAAUUCUGAGAAGGAUGCACGUGGACAACGUUCGAUGUCAGCGCCACCAGAGAACAGACAACAAACGAACGUUCAGCAAGGUUCGCAUGAGCAAGAUAAGCCUCAGCCACAGCCGGGACAGCGUUUCGUUUCUAGAGUCGACAUAACGCCACAGCACAAUCAGCAAUCUUCUCCUUCUCAGCAGCAGUCAUCGCCACCACCACCUUCACAGCCAACUCAGCAACCACAAAGCAACGUUAGGCAUAUACCAAUAUUUGUAGAAGGACGUGAUGAGCCAGUAAUCUCGAAGAAUGCCCAUGCGCCUUUCCAAAGACAACAAUCGCCACCGCAAUUUCAAAAUUCAUCACAUUUCUCCAAAUCGUCUCCUUUCAAUCUAGGUUUCGGGUCUAGACAAUGGCGACCACAUUUCCAAGAAUCUUUCUAUCAGCCACACCCAUCUUUCGAUCAUUCACCGACACGUCGUACUCAGCAAUCGCCGAAUUAUCAACAACCUAAACAACAGCAACAAUAUAACGAGAGACAACGACACGAGCAACAACCACAAAGACAUCAUCAAUUCGACUCACAACCGCAAGAACAUCAUCAGUCUCGACAGAGAGCGCAUCAGCAACAGGAUCCAAAUUCAUAUUCGCAGCAACAGACAGCUGGUCAACAAACGCAACAACAAGAGACAUCUAAACCUGUACCAAAACCUGUACCACCUAAAGAUCCUCUUGAGAGAGUAGCUUUGGUACAAAAAGAAGUAGAUUCUCUUGCUGAACAAGUCAAACAGUAUACCGGAAACUCUCGCAAGGACAAGCAAUAUAUUUACUUGGACGAGAUGCUAACAAGAGAAUUGAUCAAAUUAGAUGACAUAGAAACAGAAGGACGAGAAAAUGUUCGUCAAGCUCGUAAAAAUGCUAUCAAAACUAUACAGGAGACGAUAAGUCUAUUGGAAUCUAAGGCGUCUUUACCUGGACAAGAACAAGUCCGAGAUGACCAAUCCCAAACUAUGCAAAUAGAACAAUGUCAAGAGGAGAAGCAGGAAAGUCGUCAAUCGAACGAAUCGAUGGAUGUUGAACAAAACAACGAACAGACCACACAAGUCAACGAGCCAAUCCCAUUACCUCCUGGACCUUCCUCGCCAAAAGCUACUUCUGAAACAACUGAAACUGCUGUUGCAGUAACACAAAAUGAACAACAAAAUGUAUCAAUUGAAAAUCAGUUGACAAAACAAGAACAGGAGGUUCCAGCUGUUAUCAAUGAGGAACAACAACAACAAGAACAGCAGAAACAAGAGAUCGAAAUUGUUGCCGAUAAAUCAUCGAACGAUAACACGAAUAAUAUUACUGAAGUGACGAUGCAAAUUGAUUCGUCUAGUCCAAUGGAAGUGCAAGAGAAAGUAGAAAGUGUUGUUGAGGAAAAAAAAGAUGAGAAUCAAAAUGUAUCGCAUGAAAUCAAAUUGGACAGUGACGAACAAAAGCCAAUGGACGAUGAAAAACAAAUUACAGAUAGUCAAGAAAAGGUCGACAAAGGAAUGAGUAAAUCACUUUUGUCACCGAAAACGAUUAAGAAAGCAAAGAAACAAGUUAAACCUAUAUCAGAAAAACCGAUACCUUUACCACCUCCGCAAAGUACAGAAGCGAAUGCCAAGUAAAGAAAACGAAAAGAAAGGAUGUGGAUUGCCAUGUUGUUUUUCUUUUUGUAAAUCAUAAUUUGUUUGUCGGCCACUAGAUGGCGAUAAAGUCGCUCGUGCCCCCUCUCCAACAAAUACGAUUGUUUCUACUUCUUAGAAACUACGAAUCUUGCGACUCUCUGCCAUUUUAUUGUUUUUCUUCUUUUUUUUUUUUUUUUUUUUUUUCUUUUUUUAUAGCUUGAGUUCGAUUUAGAGUUGGACUGAUGAUCGUCGUGAAUCCGCCGAUAAUCGACAGAUAUACGAAUCUGUAUAACGUUUUACACGUUGAUAUAUUUUUUCUCUCGUCCAUUUUUACUUUUAUUGUCCUUCGAUGAACAAUAAUAAUAAUAAUAAUAAUAAUAAUAAUUUUCCAAGUACAUAAUCCUUUUUUAUGAAAUUUUCUUCCGCUGCGAUGCACAAUGUUUCUCGAAGGACUUGACUUAUUUCUAUCAGCGUGUGUGUGUGUAUAUAUAUAUAAUUAUAUAUAUACACAUAUGAAGUAUCAGAAAAGUAUUAUUUGAUUUGUAUUUCUGAUAUUUUUUUUCUUUUUCUUUUUCUUUUUCUUUUUCUUUUUCUUUUUUAAGAAACGCAUAUCGCAUGCACAUGUGCGCAUGUGUAUAAAGGUUGAUACAUUAAAAUCGGUAUACUUGAAAUGGUUACACCAUCUAUUUAUAUACAAUGCAUAUAUUGCAGCGAAAUAAAAACAAAAAAUUUCUUUGCGUGUCUCAAAAUUUGCAUUUUUUUUCUUUUUAUAAAUAAUUGUUAACAAACUAUUGUGAGUAAUUUUUAUCACAAAUAUAGUAGCGUAUUUCUUAUAUUCCAUCCAAUCGUAACGUGACAUUAUUUUCUUACCAUAAAAACUAAUUAAUUGAUGAUGGUGCCUUGUCAAGUAUCGUUAAUCUUAUCGUUAGAAAAAAAAAAACUUAAAGUACUUCAAUACUUUCUUUAUUUGUAUUAUUUACCGAGUUAGGUAAAAAAUACAUAUAUAUAUAUAUACAUGCAAAUACAUAUACAUAUACAUAUGUGUGGAAAUAUUCGUCUGAAAGGAUCCUCGAUCCCAAAUUAAUGAAAAGGCGGAGAAAAAAAAUAAAAACGAAAAUGGCGUUUUUUUUUAAAUGUUUUAAAAGAUUCUCACGAAUUUAUUGGGAAACAACAAGAUAAAUAAAUAAAUAAAUUAUUCAACGGAGCAAAGUUUAUAAGAAUACGUAUGAAACAAAAUAAUGAUGACGAUGAUGAUGCUAAUAAAAAUAAUAAUAAUAAUAAUAAUAAUAAUAAUAAUAAUAACAAUAAUAAUCAAACGAAAUCAAAAAUAUAAACGCCAACGUCAAAUAGAGAGAUCCGUACGCUUUAGUAUUACGGCGCGCACAUUGUAAAGUAUAUAAACUAUAUUAAUUAAUGUUAUUAUUUAUAAUUUAUUGUGUAUGCUUGAACUUAGGUGUGUGUGUGUGUGUGUGAGAGAGAGAGAAAGAGGGAGAAAGAGAGAAAGAGAGAGAGAGAGAGAAUUUUCAAAAAAAUUUUCAAGUCCGACCGUUCCUGUGGCUUGCUUGUGUGUCAUCGACCGUAAUAGUGUAUGAAUACGAAACAUGUACAUACAUAUAUAGGAGGAAUGUAUGUGUGUGUGUAUGUGUGUGUAUGUAUGUGUGUGUGGGUAUGUGUGCGCGUGGACGCGCGCGUAUGUCGUUCGUUAAGAAACUAUGCAUCUUGUCCGUUGUCCGAGGAGAAAAAAAAAUAACGAGACUUUCGUUUUUAUGUUUAAAUGGCAAACAAAUUUGUUUACAGGCAAAAAGAAACAAAUAAUAAAUGAACAAAUGACGAUAUAAUUAAAAACUCACGAAAGGGACUUUUUAUUUAUAGCUUAGGAAUGACUAUGUAAUAAAGUUACGUCAUGUGGUUUCUUAGUGGCUUCUUUAUAUAUAUAUUUUUUCCUUGUUUUUAUGAAUUUGAACAAAAUCUUUUGUUACAAACAUAUGUAUUCAACAAAAAUGUUCAUUGAAAGUCGGACGAGGGAUGGUUUGCAUUGUUUUUAUGGUUCCUUGUACAUGGUGAUACUCGGUUAUUUUUCGUCUCUUUUUCGUUUUAUUUUUAUUUUAUUUUAUCUUUUAUCUUUUAUCGUUUUUUUUUUUGUUUCUUUCUUUCUUUGUCUAUACGAGAGUUAAGUUCUCGUAGAGACAUUUGUCUUUAGCCAGAGAUUUUGUAUUUUUUUCUGAGCAAGAGCAUGCGAAAGACUGAGAGAAAUGUAUGCAAUGAGAAGAGAGUGUGAGAAAGACAACGAUAUGAAAGAUGUGUGCGUGAGAAUGAGUGAGAGAGAAAGAAAGAGAGAGAGAGAGAGAGAAAGAGAGGAAGGUGUGUGCGUGUCAAAAAGAACAUUGUAUUGAAAAAAAAAAUAUAUGAAAAAAAUAUCAAAAAAAGGGAAUAAUAAUAAUAAUAAUAAUAAUAAUAAUAAUAAUAAUAAUAAUAAUAAUAAUAAUAAUAAUAAUAAUAAUGAUAAUAAUAAUAAUACAACAUUUUGGUGAAUGUGUAAUAAUUUGACGAGUAAACGAAAUUCAGUGAAAAUACAUAGACUGGUCUUGACUUGUAAACUUUUACAAGAAUGUUUUUAUUGUUUCUUACAAAUUUCUAACGGCGGAUCCUGAUAAUAUAAUAGAGUAAGUAAAAUAGAAUAAAUUAGUUCCUGAUGUUUUUUUUUUAAGACAACAGAAUCGUAUAAAAAUGAAAUAAAAUAAAAAAAAGAAUAAAAAAGAAAAAAAAAUUGAAAAAAAAAAUAAAAAAUGUGUCGAAAAAAAAGAAAAAAAUUUGUUUUAAAAUAUAUCAAUACAAAUGCACGAUAUAUAUAUAUAUAAAAUACUAACCUUACAACAUACAUGUUUCUUCAAAAUUUCAAACAAUGAAAUUUAAUAUGAAGAGAAUCAAAUGACACUAACUGUUUCGAGGUUUCUAUUUUAUGUAAGCUAAUUUUUUUUAAAUUCUAAAAAAAUUCUUAAACUUGUAGUUUUACAAUGUACAAUUUACAACUAUUUUUUAAAAACUAUGAAAUUGCAUGGAGGAAGUGAUAAAGGGGAGAGAGAGAGAGAGAGAGAGAGAGAGAGAAAGAGAAAGAGAGAACAAAAAAUUAAUAUAUAUGAGAAGGGAGAAAAAAGAAAUGUUAAACGAAAUGUCAGUAAAAUUGUAAGAUAAUAUCACAAUCUCUCGAAUAUAAAAAUAGAAGCAGUUAAAUAUCAAGUGUGCCAAAAGUUCGGCCGUCAGUUGGAUCAACAUUUUUUUUCCUAACAUAAUUUCAAAAAUGAUAUUAGAUAUAUUUUUUUCGUUCUCUCUCUCUCUCUCUCUCUCUCUCUCUCUCUCUGUUUUGUUUAUUCAUAAAUUUAUAUAAAAUUAUAUAAGGAUUUCGAAUUUUAUAGAAAAUUGAAUUUGUUGAAUGUGUAGAUAAAUGUUUGUAUGUA